AUGCAAAAUCAAUACAAAUAAAUGAAAUUUGAAUUACAUGUUAGAUAAUGUGCUGAUAUGUACAUAGGUUCUAUACAACCUGAAGAAAUUAUGACUCCAAUUUACUCUAAAAAUUAAGAGAAUUAAAUAACAUUAGAGUAUAAAAAAGUUAAAAUAAUUCCAGGAUUACUAACUGUAAUAGGAGAAAUUUUAACCAAUGCAAGAGAUGUUAUGUUUCAAUAGAGAAAAUAAAAAAAAGGAAUAUAAAUAUAUUUAGAUUUUGAUGAAAUUGAAGGUGAAAUUGUUUUGAAAACUGUUGGAAAAGGUAUUCCUAUUGAAAAAUAAGAUAAUAUAUUUAUUCCAGAAUUAAUAUUUUCACAUGAAAGAACUUCAUCAAAUUAUUAAAAUACAAAUUUAAAUGAUCCAAAAUUAACUGGAGGAAAGAAUGGUUAUGGUGCAAAAUUAACAAAUGUAUUAUCUGAAUAUUUUGAAGUAGAAACUAAAUAUGAUAAUUUAAUUUUCAAAUAAUUACAUUAUGAAGGAAAUACCAAACAUAGUGAACCUUAAAUAACUCAUGUAAAAAUAAACAAUAAAUAAUAAUUAAUACAAUAAUAAGAGGAUGAUUAUGUGUAAAUAAAAUUUAAAAUAGAUUAUAAUUUUUUCAAGUUUGAAAAAGAUUAAUUACCAUUAUUAAAAUAAAUUUUAUAUGCAUAAAUGAUUGGAAUUUAUUCAUCUACUAUAAUUUAUUGUAAACAAGAUAAUAAUACAAGAUUAUUUUUAGACAGAUAAAUUAUAAAUGUAAAUAAUUUAUUAGAUUACUUAUAUAUGUUUAUUAACGAAGAACAUAAAUAAUAGAAUUUAAAUAUUAUUAAUUUUGUUGAUUAAUAUUAUUAACUCAUAAUUCUAGAAGAUAAAAAUAAUAUUAUAAUUCCAGGUUAGUAAUUAUAAAAGGAUAUAAUUUCAUUUGUUAAUGGAUUACCAUAAAAUGGAGGUACUCAUGUGAAUUUUAUUAAUUAGAUCAUAAAAUAAGAUUAAUUGAUUAAGAAUUUAAAUGUUUAAGAUUAAGAUGAAUUAGAAGUUAUGAAAUAAUUGGGAAAAUAAUAUAGGUAAAAUGUGUUUAUUAUUUUUUCUUUACUUGUUCACUAACCUAGUUAUACUUCUUAGAGUAAAGAUUAAUUGAAGACUAAUAAAAAAGAUUGGUUUGAUACUGUAGAAUUAGAAAAAUAUAUUUAAUAAUAAAUUCAAUAAUCUUCAUUGUUAUAAGAAUUAAAAAUUGAGAUUUAAUAAUAAACUAAAAAAUAAUAAGUUUUAAAAUAGAAAGAUUAAAUAAAAAAGAUGAAUAUAAAUUCAGUCAAAAAAUUAUAAGAUGCUAUUAAAAUAAGAGAUAGAAGAACAGAGUGUAGUUUAUUGUGUGCUGAAGGUGAUUCUGCUAUGAGUUUUAUAAGAUCUGGGUUAACAGAAUAACAAAAAUAAAUUUAUGGUAGAUUUCCGCUUAAAGGUAAAUUGAUGAAUGUCAAUAGUAAAACUGAUAGAUAAAUUGGUGAGAAUGAAAUUUUAUCAUAAUUAUAGAGGUCAUUAAAUAGAUAUUUUACUGAAAGUUUAGAUUCUGAAAAUGAUUUUAACAAUUAAUUGUAUAAAAAUUGGAGAGAGAAUAAAAUUUAAGAAAUGAAAGUGGAAUUUAUGAAAAAUUUAAUGUAAAGUGAAACUUUACCUUAGAGUGAAACUUUACCUUAAAGUGAAACUUUACCUUAGAGUGAAACUUAGGAUGAAACUGAAAAAAAAUAAUCUAAAUCUAAAACUAAAACUAAAAAAAAUAACGAUGAAAUCAAAAUCAAAAAAUAAUAAAAAUAAUUACUAAAAUAAUUUAAAAUAGAUGAAUCUAAAUUAAACAGAAGAAUAUUCAUUGAAGAAAAUGCAAAAAUAUUUAUGGAUCAGAUUAAUAAAAGUUAUUUACAACAAUUAAAAGAAUUUGAUAUAAUGAGAUAUAAAAAUAUUAUAAUUAUUACAGAUUAAGAUUAUGAUGGAUUUCAUAUUAAAGGAUUAUUUUUAAAUAUAAUAAUGAAGUACUGGCCAUAGUUAUUAAUUGAUGGCAGGGUAAAAACUUUAAAGACACAAGUUAUCAAACUAAAACCUAAAACAGAAUCAAAAAAAUUAAAAGAAUAAUAAUUCUAUAAUUUUGAUUAGUAUACUAAGUGGGUAUAAUAAAAUGGUGGAAUUGAAAAUAUAUAAAAUAAAUACAAUAUAAAAUAUUAUAAAGGUUUAGGUACUAAUACAGAUAAAGAAGCUAAAGAAUAUUUCAAAGACUUUGAAGUUAUAAAUUUGUUUUAAAAAGCUAGUCUAAAAAAUAUUGCUCCAGACCUCACUUUUCCUCUUAUAUUGUUGUUCUCAAUUUCUUCAGUAAAUUAUUUUUCUUACUAAAGAAAGAAAUUGUUGCUUAAAUUUUCAGACUAAUCUCUAUAUUGA